CGUCACGCAGCCCCGCCCCCGCCGCCAUCUUGCGCCGCCGCCGCCGCCGCUCCCGCCGCUCCCGCCCGGCCCGGCCCGGCCCGGCCCCACCGGAGCCCGCGCGGGGUCGGGCCCGGCCCCGCCAUGGCCGAGGAUUUCUGGGAGGCUCCGCGCCGCUGAGCCGGGCAGGGCCAUGGACCGGAUGAAGAAGAUCAAGCGGCAGCUGUCGAUGACGCUGCGGGGCGGCCGCGCCCCCGACAAGGGCCUGGGGGACCCCCGCGACGGCGCCGGCAGCGACAGCGAGCCGGGCGGGGACGAGGCCCGGAUGGGGUCGGACGGGGAGAGCGACCCCCCCUCGGGGACAUCCUCGGAGGAGGUGGCGUCACCCGUGAGGCUGCGGCAGCACCCGCGGCACGGAGCCUGCGAGGACGUCACCAAGCGCCUGUCCCUGCCCGCUGACACCCGCCUGCCCGAGGGGGGGCUGGGGCUGCCCGGGCCCCUGAGCCGCCGCCUGCGCCGCGUCUCCCUGUCGGAAAUCGGCUUCGGGAAGUUGGAGACCUACGUGAAACUGGACAAACUGGGGGAGGGCACGUACGCCACGGUGUACAAGGGCCGCAGCAAGCUGACCGAGAACCUGGUGGCGCUGAAGGAAAUCCGGCUGGAGCACGAGGAGGGAGCGCCCUGCACGGCCAUCCGCGAGGUGUCCCUGCUGCGGGAUCUCAAGCACGCCAACGUGGUGACGCUGCACGACAUCGUGCACACGCCGCAGUGCCUGACGCUGGUCUUCGAGUACCUGGACCGGGACCUGAAGCAGUACCUGGACGAUUGUGGGAACGUCAUCAGCAUGCACAACGUCAGGCUCUUCCUGUUCCAGCUGCUGCGGGGUUUGGCCUUCUGCCACCGCCACAAGGUCCUGCACCGCGACCUCAAACCGCAGAACCUGCUGCUGAGCCGCCGGGGCGACCUCAAACUGGCUGACUUCGGCCUGGCCCGGGCCAAGUCCAUCCCCACCAAGACGUUCUCCAGCGAGGUGGUGACGCUGUGGUACCGCCCGCCCGACAUCCUGCUGGGCUCCACCGAGUACAGCACGCAGAUCGACAUGUGGGGGGUCGGCUGCAUCUUCUCGGAGAUGGUGACGGGGCGGCCGCUGUUCCCCGGGGCCACCGUGGAGGAGCAGCUGCACUUCAUCUUCCGCCUGCUGGGGACCCCGACGGAGGAGACGUGGCCGGGCAUCGGUGCCAACGCCGAGUUCCGGGCACACAAAUACCCCCUGUACCCCCCGAGGGGGCUGCGGCAGCACGCGCCACGGCUGGACCAGGACGGCGCCGAUCUCCUGGGGCAGCUGCUGCAGGUGAGCUGGGCGUGGCCUGCGCUGGCCCCGCCCCUUUGGCCACACCCCCAAGCGACCACACCCUCCCCACCCCUCCCCCACGGGCGUGGCUCCCGGGAGGGGGCGGGGAAGCAGCCACGCCCCUUUGGUGGGCGUGGCUGGGGUUUGGCCAGCCACGCCCCUCUGUGGGCGUGUCCCACGAGCGGGCGUGGCCUGACGGGGCGGGGCAGUUCGAGGGGGCGGCGGCGGCUGCCGGCGGCGGAGGCCAUGGGACACGCCUUCUUCAGCUGCCUGGGGCCGCGCGUCAGCGCCCUGCCCGACACCACGUCCAUCUUCGCGCUGAAGGAGAUCCAGCUGCAGAAGGAGCCGGGGCUGCGCUCGGGGCCGCUGCCCCCCACGGGUUCUUCCGCCUUCCGGGUGCUUGACACCGAGUUCUGAUGUUGAGCAGCGCCCGGACUGCUGCUGCGCCCCCAGGACCCCCCAGAUUUGGGGCUGGGGUCCCCCCAAAAAACUCCACAACGUCGGGGACGCCCCAAAACUCCUCGGGGGGGGGUCCUUGGACAGCAGACCCCCCCCCAAAUCCCCCCUCCCCCAUCUGAGGAACUGCUGCUGGAUUUUGGGGGGGGGGUUCACGUGGGACCCCCAUUCUGGGGGGGUCUGGGGGGGAUUUGGGUCCCCCCCGUUUUUUGGGGUCCCCUCCCCAUUUUUGGGGUCCCCCCCAUUUUUUUGGGGGGGUCUCCCCCCCCGGUUUACGUCGAGUUUUAUUUUUUCAAGGCAAUAUUAUAAAUCAGAGUCUAUAUCGGCCCCUCCCCCCGGGGGCGGGGCCUGAGGGGGAGUGGGGGAGGGGCGCUUACUCGGAGCUUACUCGGGCUUUACUCCAGGGGUUACUCGGGGCUGCGGCGUCUCCUGGGAGGGUUCCCCACGAGGCUGGGCCCUGGUUACUCUGGGGAUACUCCAGGGUUACUCAGACUUUACUCCAAGGCUGGGCCCAGGUUACUCCAGGGUUACUUUGGGGUUACUCAUACUUUACUCCAGGGUUACUCAGACUUUACUCCAAGGUUGCCCCAGGGUUACUCCACGGUUAUUCCGGGGUUACUCAGACUUUACUCCAAGGCUGGGCCCAGGUUACUCUGACUUUACUCCAACUUUACUCCAAGGCUGGACCUGCUUCACUCCAUUGUUACUCUGUGGUUACUCCAGGAUUACUACAACUCUACUCCAUGGUUACUCAGACUUUCCUCCAAGGUUGGGCCCAGGUUACUCCAGGGUUACUCCAGGGUUACUCAGACUUUACUCCAAGGCAGCUCAGGCCCAGCUCUGGGCCACCCCUGCCCUACUCCAGGGUUACUCCUCAGCCGUUCUCUGCUCCUGCUCUCGGUUACUCCUGAGUUACUCCUGAGUUACUCCUGAGUUACUCCAGGUUCUCAGAGCCUGCUCAGGACUUGAUUCCUACUCAGACUUUACUCCUGAGUUACUCACAGCCAGGGCGGGGCCUUUACUCAGCUCUUACUCGGGCUCCUCCUGGAGAUCCUCACUCCGCGUUUACUCCAAGUUUACUCCGAGCUUACUCAGCCUUUGAGGUACUUGGACCUGCAGGCAGAACUUACUCCAGGCUUACUCCAGACUUACUCAGCUCCUUACUCCGGCCUUGCUCAGCUCCCCCUUUUUGGGUUGUUUUCGGUCCUUUUGCGCUACUCACACCUUACUCAGCCCUUACUCAGCCCUUACUCCGGGUGCUUUGCUCCUCUUGGCCUUUGCUCCGCCCUUACUCCGCCCUUACUCCGAGCUUACUCAGCCUCUAUUCAGAGGUCAUUCAGCCUUUACUUGGAUGUUACUCAGCCCUUACUCAGCCUUUACUCCGAGGUUACUCCGGCCUUGCAUGGCCCCCGCCCCUCAGGGCUGGGGUUACUCCCCCUUUACUCAGCCCCUCCCCCGCCUGCCCAGCCCCUCCCCCCGC